AUGAACUCUUGUCACCACUUCAAAUCCAAAUUUUCGCCUGUGGGAGCUCAAAUCCCUUCGGUGGUGUUUCUGGCUUUCAAAAGGCUGUCUUCAAGUUCUGUUCAGCGGUCUUCCAUGUCUUUGCGCUCGAUGGAAAUUGCCAGGAAACAGCGGCAAAUUGACCGGCAUAUAGAGAAGAACUUUGGUCGCCAAUCAGAAGUGGAGUCUGUCCCUGAGUCAGUGAGAUCGCCAUAUCGUCGUUCUACUCCACCUGCAGGCCUUCCUCUGUCCAAGAUCCUGUCUGCGAACUCAUUUCCGUUGUCUCUCACAGAGUCGUUUGGACAUUACAUGGCUAGACAUGACCUUGACAUGUUUCAGACUGAUUUACUUUCUACCUUACCUUUUUACGGCCAAGAUGCCUCGAAAUUUGACAGUUGUGGUCGGACUUCUGAGAUCGUCAAGACCGUUAUUGAUGACUCUGGAAACUACAUCAACGAGUUUGUGAUGUACCCUCCUGGAUAUGAUCCUGCUUAUGACCAAGGCUCAAAUUCACGGUACAACCAUCUCGUGAUGGUGCAUGGCUAUGGGGCUGGGUUAGGUUUUUUUCUCAAGAAUUUUGACCAGAUCUCUGCUCCUCAAAACCACAAAUCAGAAUGGGUUGUUCAUGCAAUCGACCUACUUGGAUACGGUUGUUCUUCUAGGCCUGAUUUUCCACACAACGAGCCACUGGAAUCCACAAAAGUAGAAGACUGGUUUACCCAGUCGCUCCAGGUCUGGUUUGACAGACGCGGACUUUCGGGUCUGCCAAAGGAUAAGGUGAUGAUGUGUUCUCACUCAAUGGGUGCCUAUAUCACAGCUAAGCUGAACAUGAAAAGUCCAAACCUUUUUGGAAAGGUUUUAAUGGUUUCUCCUGCCGGUAUCAACGAGGUGAAUGAGGAGACUGCACCAAAGAUCCCCAAAUGGUUUGAGCUGCUAUGGAACCAAAAUGUCUCACCUUUUGCUCUAGUGAGAUACACUGGUCCUCUGGGCUCAAUUUUUGUGUCUGGGUGGACUUCUCGCAGGUUUUCAAUGGAUACCAUCACCCAGCAGGAACAGGAUUUACUCCAUAGAUACACAUAUGCAAUUUUCAAUGCCAAAGGCUCAGGUGAGUACGUGCUCAACUACCUGUUACGUGCGGGUGGAGUGCCUAGACGUCCACUUAUUCGGGAGAUUUCUAAGCUCAAAUGUGACACCGUAUGGUUGUAUGGUGCAGAAGAUUGGAUGGAUCGUGAGGCCGGCCAGAUGUGCAGCGAGUACAUAAGCCGUACGGCUACACAUACCAGCAGGUAUAUUGAGCUUGCCAAUGCAGGUCACCAUCUUUAUCUUGAUGAUGCUGAGAGGUUCAACAGGAUAGUUAUUGACGAGAUGAAUAAGAUGGAGAAUGUUUAA